GCCGCCGUCGUGGCGUGCCGGCGUCGUGCGCCAGAGCGAGCUCACUGUGCUAGCGUGCUUCGCUUCACUCGCCCAGCCGUGAGCCUGUGACCGACCUCUAUAAAAGGGAACGGGAGCGGUGUGCGCAGCUCGUCACUGGCUCACGGCCAUCACUUCGCUGUGCUGAGCCGGCGCAAUGGCCACCUCCGUUCGCGUCCUCCUGCUGCUCGCCGCGGUCGUCCUGCCAGUGCCCGGGACGCUGGCGUGGAGCAACUGCCCCCCGCCGGCGCCUGGCGGCGGUGGCGGGCACGGCCCCGGCCGUCCGUGGUACCCGGCGCCCGGCAGUGGCGGCUCUGGCUCGCCGACGAGGCCUUCCCCAGGCUCCGGCUCCGGCGGCGGCGGCGGCCACGGCAAGCCGCCUAAGCACCACGGCAAGCCUCCCUCCAGCUGCCCGCCCUGCAACCCGCCGUACACCCCUCCGACGCCGCGGCCGUCUCCGCCCUACGUGCCGCCGUACACCCCUCCGACGCCGCGGCCGUCUCCGCCGUACGUACCACCGUACACCCCACCGACGCCUCGACCGUCUCCGCCGUACGUACCGCCUUACACCCCGCCGACGCCGCGGCCGUCUCCCCCGUACGUGCCGCCGUCGCCGCCCUACGUUCCGCCAUCGCCGCCCUACGUCCCACCAGCACCACCGUACGUGCCGCCGACGCCGCCGGCGGGGCGGACGUGCCCGAUCGACGCGCUGAAGCUGAACGCGUGCGUGGACGUGCUGAGCGGGCUGAUCCACCUGGUGAUCGGGCGGGAGGCCAAGUCCAAGUGCUGCCCGCUGGUGCAGGGGGUCGCGGACCUGGACGCGGCGCUCUGCCUCUGCACCACCAUCCGCGCGCGCCUGCUCAACCUCAACAUCUACCUCCCCGUCGCGCUGGAGCUGCUCAUCACCUGCGGCAAGCACGCGCCGCCGGGGUUCAAGUGCCCGCCGCUCUACGACUGAUGAGCUAGCUAGCUAGCUAGCUAGGGAGAUCACCGGCCGGCCGGCUACGCCAUGCGUGGUGCUUCCUAGCUACUGGCAUGUGAUGAUGGGAUCAUGCGCGCGUCUACAGCUUUGUGCCGUGAUUACUUUGUGUUCUUGAGUAGUAUGUGCGCUUCGUGAGGACUCGGAAUCGAAAACUUUUCUAUCUCCGAAGUGUGUAGCUUAUUAAUUAGUCGGUGCAUGUACGUAUCAUGUCGCUCUUGUCUUGUGGCGACACGCAGCGGCAAGUAUAUUGGGUUCAUUUCAA